GCUAGCGAAGCAUUCGUCGACAGGAUGUAGGAGGCCGGGAGAGUUUCUGUCUGCGUGAUCAUUUCAGUGGGAGGAAAUGGAGGAGCGGUUCUGAGACUCUGGUUUGGGUCCAGAUCUCUUGGACUUAUUGUUAAAUAAGUGAUCCUUGCGCCAGGAUGAAGACGAUGAAGAGGAGGACAGCAGCCAUGAUGAUCAUGUGGAUCAGUCUCUGGGUGUACGUGUCUGAAGGAGCUCGGGGUCAGUAUGCACGCAAGCUUCUGAGCGACCUGAUGGAGGACUACUCCAAUGCUCUGAGGCCAGUGGAGGACACGGACGAUGCUCUGAACGUUUCUCUUCAGAUCACGCUGUCACAGAUAAAAGACAUGGACGAGAGGAACCAGGUUCUGACCACAUAUCUGUGGAUCAGACAGGCGUGGAACGACGCCUACCUCAAGUGGAACAAGGAGGACUACGACGACCUGGAGAUGAUCAACAUCCCCAGUGACCUAGUCUGGAAGCCGGACAUCGUCCUCUACAACAAAGCAGACGAGGAGUCUUCAGGUACGUCCAGCACGAACGUGAAGCUGCGCUACAACGGAGAGAUCAUCUGGGACUCCCCGGCCAUCACCAAGAGCACGUGUGUGGUAGACGUCUCCUACUUUCCUUUCGACUGGCAGCAGUGCAACCUCACUUUUGGCUCUUGGACCUACAAUGGGAACCAGGUGGACAUCAGUUUAGGGAUGGACAGUGGAGAUCUGUCUGACUUUGUGGAGAACGUGGAGUGGGAGUGUCAUGGCAUGCCAGCGGUGAGGAAUGUCAUGAUGUACGGCUGCUGCUCGGAUCCAUACACCGAAAUCACCUACACCCUGCUCCUGAAGCGCCGCUCCUCCUUCUACAUCUUCAAUCUGCUGCUGCCGUGUUUUCUCAUCUCCUUCCUGGCUCCCCUUGGCUUCUACUUACCUGCGGACUCUGGAGAAAAGGUUUCUCUGGGGGUGACGGUACUGCUGGCCCUCACUGUGUUCCAGCUGCUGGUGGCUGAGAGCAUGCCGCCCGCCGAGAGCAUGCCCUACAUUGGAAAGUACUACAUCGCCACCAUGACCAUGAUUACAGCCUCCACCUCCCUCACCAUCUUCAUCAUGAACAUACAUUUCUGCGGCGCUGAAGCGAGGCCUGUACCCCACUGGGCCAAGGUCCUCAUCAUCGACUACAUGUCCAAAAUAUUCUUUGUGUACGAGGUGGGAGAGAACUGCACCACCCCGGAGAGUGAGAGGACGCAGCUGUGUCCGGAGGAGCCCCUGGGAGACUGGAGCGUCUACUCGGAUGGAGAUUUCUACCAAAACGACAAGGACUUGUACAGGUACAGCAGCACUCACAAUGGACAUCAUCACAGCAAGAGCAAACCCAACGGGGAUCUGAACAGCGGGCAUCAUCACGACCGCUACCAGACCUCCAGACUGGAGAGAGGGGAGGUGAACGUGGAGCCGACCCGACGCUUCCAUCAUAUCAGACGAGAAGAACUCAACUACGAUGGUCCUCCUCGAGCUCAGAAGCAGCUGCACUUGAACGGGGGACUGAAGGAGAAGCUACUGUACACAUCAGAGAAGCAGCAGAUCCCAGCGUGCCCUUGCUGCUGUCCCUGCCUCCAACACAACCAGGUGGUGAAGAACAUUCAGUACAUCGCAAACUGCUUUCGGGAGCAGAGAGCAACAUGUGUCAAGGCAGCAGAGUGGAAGAAGGUGGCCAAGGUGAUGGAUCGAUUUUUCAUGUGGAUCUUCUUCGUCAUGGUCUUCCUCAUGAGCAUCCUCAUUAUUGCCAAAGCGUCCUGA